GUUAAACUUUUGCAUGACUGUUAGUCGAUCGCGUAAACAUAAGCGUAUCGGACGGAAAUCGCUUAACUUGAUCUUUGGUUAAAAAAUUAAAUAAAACCAAAGAAAUCACAUACAAUAUAAAUGAAAGAAAAAAGUUUACAAACUUAACUAAAAAGAAGGAAAAAGAAAAUAUAAAUUAACUAAUAGCAAAACAAAUUGAAAUUAUUCAAUCAUACAGAAAUUGGAAAAAAAGUGGAAAUAAAAAUAAUUAUAAAAAAAAAAUAAAUGUGCAUUUUGUAAAUAAAAGUAAGGUAUUGAAAAGCCAUAGCAAAAUAAAAAAAUGCAAUAUUAAACUUCCAGUGCUAUAAAAUGUGUUAACGUGCUAAACGCCAUAUCCAUAUAUUUACAUCUAAAUUAUCAAUAUUAAUAGGAAAUUUAUAUAGAAAUAAAAUAAUAAUAAUAAACCAUAUGAAAACAAAAGUUUGUAAAAAAUAUUAAACUUUUGAUAAAAUUUUAAAUUUGAGUUAUGAGUCCAAACGAUAAAUUAAAAAUGUGGCUACAAAUAGCUGCUGCGCUGGCUUUAAUGUCCACUUUGACAUUUGCCAGUAAUUUAGCCGGUUAUGAAGGUUACAACAAAUAUACAGUAUUCCAUGACAGUGACAAGGCCUUCGAAUAUAUGGUUGAGUUACAAACUCAAGAUGUUGAUUUGGAUUUUUGGCUGUUGUCACGUAACAUGUCCAUCGUUUCGGUUAGUCCUGUUAUGCAGCCUAUUUUCGAAAAACGUUUAGCCGAAUUGGGUGUAACAUAUCAGGCAAAACCUUUAAUGGAAGAAAUGUUGAAAUUUAACGAAACUUUAAGUAGUGAUAGUUCCGAUUGUGAGGGUUCAGAAUGUGGUCAUAGUAGAACAAGAAGACAAGCUAGAGGCUUCUUCACCCACUUCCCCAGAUACAGUGAGAUCUUGAAUUAUAUGAACGCUUUGGCUGCUCGUUAUCCUCAAUAUUGCCGUUAUGAGUCAUUGGGUCGUUCUAAUGAGGGCCGUCAUUUAGCUGCUUUGUCUAUUUCUCUUAACAGUCGUUCGCGUCCACGUCGUGUGGCUUAUAUCCAGUCCGGUACUCAUGGUCGUGAAUGGAUUACUCCUUUGGCCACUUUGUACUUUGCUAACGAAUUGUUGACUAAUAUUAAAGCUUUUACUCGUAUCCUCAAUGAUGUGGAAAUCUAUGUUUUGCCUUUGGUAAAUCCUGAUGGUUAUGAGUACACUUUCACUACGGAUCGUUUCUGGCGUAAAAACAGACAUCAUUAUCCUGGUCGUACUUGUGCUGGUGUUGAUAUCAAUCGUAAUUUUGCCAACAAUUGGAAUUAUCGUGGUGCCAGUCAAAAUCUUUGCUCUGAAGUCUUUUCGGGUACCUCUCCAGCCUCGGAACCCGAAACAUCUGCCAUUGUUCGCUACUUGGAAUACAAUCGUCAUCGCAUUAAGUUGAGUUUGGAUGUUCAUUCAUUUGGCAAAUUCAUUUUCUAUCCAUAUGGUUAUUCAAGAAAUGCUCAUGCUCCCACACGUACUUUCUUGCAUUCCGUUGCCAGCCGCGCUGCCAAUCAAAUUGCCAAAUACCGUGGCACUCACUAUUCGGUGGGUACUUCAUCUAGCAUUUUAUAUGAAGCUUCCGGUGGUCUUGAUGAUUUUGCUUAUGGUAAUUUGGGCAUACCCAUGUCCUUUACUCUCGAGUUGCCUGGUGAUAAUUUCCAAGUUGCCUCCUCGGACAUUAUACAUGUGUGCAAAGAGACAUUUGCUGGUUUUAUCGAAUUUAUUAGACAUGUUAGUUUAUAUUAAAUUAAAUACAUAGAGAAAAAUACUUCCACUAAAUCUACAUUUGCAUACAGGUAACUUAUAUUUGUAUGAAUGUCGAUUGUAGCCACAUUAUAUGUUUUAAGUUCCAUUGAAUCUUUUUUACUUUUAAAUUUUAGUAGCAUCUUCUUUUAUUAACAAAAUGUAUAAAUAUUAUCUCUUUAUUUCAAUUAAGUUUUGUAAUUGAAUUUUUUGCCUAUAGUUUGUAAUUUAACUGUAAUUAAUUGUAGUGAAAUAAAUAAAAAAACAAAAAUACUU